AUGAAGGCUCUCCUCUUCAGGCGGCAACGCCGUUUUCUUCUUCUGAAUAUUCAUCACUUCCAAAAGCACUUCUUCUCUGAUCAAUCAUGGCUUUCCAAAAAAGGCAACCCUCUAAUCAAGUGGCCAUCGCCUUCUUCCUCUCCCUGCAACCAACCUCACCCAAUUCCCCAUCCUACUUUCUCGCAAAGCAAUUUCUCCAUCAUCUCCAAUCUCCUCAAAAACCCAACCAUUACCUCCGGGUCGUCUCUCGAGUCCGCCCUGGACCAAACAGGGGUCGACCCAGAUCCCGGCCUUCUCCAAGCAAUAUUCGAAUACUUUGAUUCUUCUCCAAAGUUGUUGCAUCAUUUGUUUCUCUGGGCUGAAAAGAAACCUGGGUUUAAAUCCUCUGCCACUCUGUUUGACUCGAUGGUCAAUGUUCUUGGUAAAGCUAGGGAGUUUGAGGACGCGUGGAGUUUGAUUCUUGAUCGGAUUGGCGAUGGAAUGGAGGGUUCCACUUUGGUUUCUGUUAAUACUUUUGUGAUUUUGAUUAGACGGUACGCUCGCGCAGGUAUGCCUCAGCCUGCUAUUCGUACGUUUGAAUUUGCAAAGAGUUUAGAACAAAUUUGUAAUUCUGAUGAGGAAACAAACCUGUUUGAAACAAUGUUGGAUUCUCUUUGUAAAGAAGGACAUGUUAGGGUGGCAUCAGAAUACCUCACUAGAAAAAAGGAAACAGAUCAUGGUUGGGUUCCAUCAAUCAAAGUUUAUAACAUACUAUUAAAUGGAUGGUUUCGGUCAAGAAAGCUGAAACAUGCAGAGAGACUUUGGUUGGAUAUGAAGAAGGACGGUGUCUUACCUAGUGUUGUAACAUAUGGUACCCUUGUAGAAGGAUACUGUACAAUGCGUUGUGUUGAAAGGGCAAUUCAAUUGGUGGAUGAAAUGAAAGGAGCGGGAAUUGAGCCAAAUGCGAAAGUAUAUAAUCCAAUUAUUGAUGCAUUGGGGGAAGCAGGUAGGUUAAAGGAGGCAUUGGGGAUGAUGGAACGGGUAUUUUUGAGUGAAUCAGGCCCCAAUAUUUCUAUGUAUAAUUCUUUAGUGAAAGGUUAUUGCAAGGCCAGAGAUCUAGUAGGGGCUAGUAAAAUACUUAAGAUGAUGAUUAGCAGGGGUUUCAUCCCAACCCCUACAACCUACAAUUAUUUCUUUAGGUACUUUUCGCAAUUCAGGAAAAUUGAGGAAGCAAUGAAUCUUUAUACAAAGAUGAUUGAGUCUGGUCACACUCCAGAUCGGCUUACUUACCAUCUUUUGUUGAAGAUGUUGUUUGAGGAGGAGAGGUUGGACUUGGCAGUUCAAAUCAGCAAAGAAAUGAGAGCAAGGGGAUACGAUGGGGACUUGGCUACUAGCACCAUGCUGAUUCAUUUGCUUUGUAAAAUACAUAGGUUUGAAGAUGCUUUUGGAGAGUUUGAGGACAUGAUACGGAGGGGUAUGGCUCCACAAUUCCUUACUUUCCAGAGAAUGAAUGAUGAGUUAAAGAAAAGAGGAAUGACUGACAUGGCAAGUAAACUAUGUGAUAUGAUGAGUUCUGUCCGUUCUUCCAAAAAAUUGCCCAAUACAUAUGGUGGAGAUGAGAACACAUCACGAGCAAGGAGGACAUCCAUAAUGCGAAAAGCUGAAGCGAUGUCUGAUAUGCUAAAGACAUGUAAGGAUCCAAGAGAAUUUGUUAAGCAUAGAACUUUAUCUGAAAAUGCUGUAUCAAGUGCUGGCCGGUUGAUUGAGAUUAUCAAGGAGCUACAGAGACAACUAUGAAUAGUUAAGGCCUAAGAGCUAGAGAAAAGGCUUCAAGAAAUUUUGAUGCAAGUGGUGUUGGAUGACUUCUGUUAUCUGCCAGGGAACUUAUUGGAAAUUGAUUAUGGAGAAUUCAGUUUUGUGAUUGAGAUGGUAUGUGAUACACUGAUAUGAAAGCUCGUGUAACUUUAACUAUAAGAUCAUCAGCUGUCUGAUGAAAAUGAUAGACCACUUGUAUACGGCACAUAUUGGGAUGUGGGGGACACAAUGAUAGAAAAAGGAUCCACAAGCUGGAGGAUCCCAAUUGAAUGUGUUAAACUCUUGCUAUCUAUUUGAAGUUGACUUGGAGGAAAUUUUGAGGUGGCAAUUACUUAGGACCAUCUUUUCUUUUGUCAGUUUUUGCUACUUCAUUUUCAAAGAUUGAAUUCCAAAUCUAUAUUUUUGGAUCUGGAAUUUGCAACACAGAGGACAGGCUGAAUAAUGAUUUGAGAAGAGCUACUGCAUGUGGAAUUCAGGGAUUAUGUAGUCUCAGGUGGUUUUAGAAAAUACAUUAAGUAAAGCUGCCAGAAACUGGGCAUUGGAAGCUGGUUUUACUUCACUUCUGCAUUGUGCCUUUGACAGAUUAUGUAUUCAAUGUAUCAAGCGUUUUUCUGUUAUGCAAUGUGCAACUGUAGAAAAUGGGAGCUAUUUAGGCACCUAGUAAGAUAUGGUUAUUAACCUUGGCAUUUCAGUAAUUACCUUUGCUUAUUAUGAUACCCAUUGAUGUUCAUGUUUCCUGAUUUGGUGCUCCGUUGUCAACAUUUUGUAAGUUAGCAACUAUUUAGCAAUCACACUUUAAUUUAGUAGCUCCAAAUGGCCAGUCUCAGAAAAGGGGUUUUUAGCAGACCUUGUGUUUUCCUGCUCCCUGCUGGGUGCCUGUUGAAUGUUGAAUCAUAUUUUGUGCAAGGCAUGUGUAUGUGUUAGUAUUUUGGAUUUAGUAUUUGAGAGAAAAGUUUACGGAGAUGUAUCCUGUUUAGGGUUUUCUUUUUACCUUUUGAAACAUUGAAUGCAAAAAAUAUAGGAGUGAGUAAAGUCCAAGGCAUGUCAAAAGAUCAGAAAUACCACCUUAUUGUUUUUAUUAUUCACUAAGUGGACUUUGUGUAUAUACUUCUGAACUUAGUGUAUUGCGCGGUUUGAACUGAUUUCAUUGCAUCUCGUCUUGAUUACACUUUGGUUUCUGUUGUGUUUGCUAUAGCUCUAAUUCUGAGUUCAUCAAUCGGCAUCGGUUGUCGUGUUAUCAUUAACAUCAUGUAUCUGCAUCACACUACCGAGGGUGAAAUUUGGAGUAUGUGAUACGCAAUGCGCGUGGGGUCUGAGGUCCCAUUGAAAGACUUUGACAAAAACAUAAGGUCCAUGCAGGAAUAUUUGAAGGGUGCAAGAAACACCAACUGCUUACACAUAGGGUAACUUAUUCCUUCAAUCCAAGAUGUGAUGGCUUAUUAUUGGUGGGGUUUGAUUGCCACAUGAAUUUCAUCACUGAUUCCUCUUAUCGUCUAAAAGAUUUUCAAGGUUGCCUGCUACGAACAGCUGUAGGCUAAUGAUAUCUCCCCCUAAAUAAUUUAUCAUAGUUGUGGGCAAAUGCUGGACUUGUACAAAUUAUUAGUCUGGGAUUUGAUUGUCGUGGUUUGUAUUGUAUUAACCUAGCUAACUAAUUGUGAUGUGGAUGUUACAUCUGAUGUUAUUGAGGUUUGGUUUGAAAGGGAUCAGAUUGUACUACUGUCUACAGGAAAACGAUGUAGAUCUUUCAGGAAUUG